AUGGGUCGCUGCAGCUGGCACCAUCUCCAAGGAUACAACCAACUUCUCAUUCCAGGUCUCUUUGAAGGAGACCAAGUUGUCGAUAUCGCACGCGACCUUGAACACAAACUUGGGCUUAGUGGUGACGACUGGAAAUGGAAACUCACUACGACUAUCAUCAACUGCGAUAUUCUCAACCCAGGCAUGUCACAAGUCAACUUCCAGAAUCGCGACUUCACAGAUAUCCUUAACGACGACAUGAUUCCAUAUCUGUGUAAAAAACUCAACAAGGAUAACUGUGGCUUUGAUCUAUUCGCAAAAUGCCGCUCUCUGGACGAAGACUUUCUUCAAGGAAAAUACCCAAUCAUUAUCUUCGGUGCCAUGAUGAUGAGAGUCGGCGCCAACAUAAAACAGGAAGACCUGCAAUACCUGCGUGAAGUGGCACUUGCUACACACUCUAGUCCAGGUUAUGCUUGCCCCUUUGCUGAUCAAGGGUUCCGUGACCCUGGUCGAGCUCAGUUCUUGGCUGCCUUGGAUCAUUAUCAGGCUGAUGUACCCAGAAGCUUUGAGCAGCCUAGUUGCUUUCUCUGCGGCCAGAUUCAAAGUGACGUUGGACGCGUUCUGCAGAAAUGUAGUCGGUGCAAAGCAGCUUACUAUUGCGGAGUUGUAAGAAUUUUCUCUAUCGUGGAUAUUUCUGAGAUCUAA